AUGGGUGAUCCAGCGGCGCACGAGAUGGCCGACCUCGAGCGAGGUUUUUCGAGUGAGGACGACGCAGAGUACCGAAGCGGUGAUGAUGAGGCCUCCAAAUUCGUCGAGAACGAGCCCUCCAAGCGUGGAAAGAUCAGCCAGAAGAAGAAAAUUGAACAGACCAACUUCGCCAAAUGGAUGGACACCAACCAGAAGUCACUGACCAGGAAAGCUGUAAAGCAGUCUGUGAACCAAGAUAAUUCCCUCGCCUACAUGAUCAGGAGCUGGGAGGGUGGUGAAAAGAUCAUUACAAGCCCUCGCGACUACCAAAUGGAGCUGUUCGAACGAGCCAAGCAACAGAACACCAUUGCUGUCCUCGACACCGGAUCUGGAAAGACCUUGAUCGCGGCCCUCCUCCUCGAUCAUACCGUCAAUCAGGAGCUUGAGGACAGGGCAAAGGGCUUGCCACGCCGUAUAGCCUUCUUCCUGGUCGAAAAGGUGGCUUUGGCCUUUCAACAGCAUGCGGUCCUAGAGUGUAAUCUCGCACAUUCUGUAGCUGUGUUCUCUGGAGAGUCCAUCAAGAACACUUGGACGAAGGGUUUUUGGGAGACGCAGCUUGCAGAUCACGAGGUCAUUGUCUGCACCGCCGAGAUCUUGAACCAAUGCCUACAGUAUGCCUAUAUUCGCAUCGACCAGAUCAAUCUCCUCGUCUUUGACGAGGCUCAUCACACCAAGAAAAAUCACCCUUAUGCCAGGAUCAUCAAGGACUACUAUGCCUCGGGCAAGGAUCGGGGCCUGCGUCUCCCGCGGAUAUUUGGCAUGACGGCAUCUCCUGUCGAUGCACUGAUCGAUGUCCGCCAGGCCGCAAUUGAGCUCGAAGGACUGCUGCACAGCCGCAUCGCCACCACUGCCGACCCCGAUGCUCUUCGAAGAGCUGUUGGUAGGCCCAAGAAGGAGAUCAUAUACAAAUACAAUCCGCUGGUCAAGCCGAUUCAGACGAUGCUCACAUUCAAGUUGAGGCCUCUGAUCGCUAAUAACAAGCAAUUCUCAAAAGCAUUCGCGUUUUCCGAAGCUGCUGCUCGUGAGCUUGGCACAUGGUUCGUGGACCGUAUGUGGCAGCUAUUUUUGGAAGACGAGGAACUAUUGAAACUCGAAGCAAAGACGGAACGAAGCCUGAGUAAGGACAUGGCUGCUCCCGAGGUCGUGGAGAAGCACAGGAAUGCCGUCCGGUCUGCUCGAGAGCUCAUCCGAAGCCAUGAGUUCCCUAAGCCUGAGCCUGGUCUCUUGUCUUCAAAGCUCAAAACCCUCUCCAAGCUCCUGGAAGAAUACUUUACGGACUCCAGUAUAAGAUGCAUCGUCUUUGUCGAGAGGCGGUGGACUGCCAAGUUGCUGACCGACUUUUUUGAGAGCCAUGCCGCUGAGAUUCCGGGGCUGAAGGUCGGCUCUCUUAUGGGAGCAAAUGCAGAAGGCGGAUCGUCUCAGACAUCGUUCCGAGAGCAGAUCAGGACUAUCCUCAGCUUCAAGAAGGGGAACACGAAUUGCAUUUUCGCAACCUCGGUCGCCGAGGAAGGUCUUGACAUUCCAGACUGCAAUUUGAUUAUCCGCUUCGACAUCUGCAAGACCAUGAUCCAGUACAUUCAAUCCCGCGGGCGGGCCAGACAGGCUGACUCGACCUACAUCCAUCUGAUCGAGGGGGGCAAUGGUGACCACCGUCGAAUCAUGCACCAGAAUGCAGAGAACGAGAAGCUUCUGCGCCGCUUCUGCAACACGCAGCCGGAAGACAGGCUGUUGAAGGGUAGCGAUUAUGAUAUGGAUUUCUUCCUGCGGCAAGAGAGGAACCAGCGACAAUAUACCAUCAAGUCAACUGGUGCUAGAUUGACGUACAAGAACAGCCUGCCCAUCCUUCAGGCCUUUUUAAAUACUCUACGCAACCAAGAUGACUACGCUGAGGGCAUGGACCUUGUGGCCGACUACUCUAUUCUGUCUGUGCAGGGCGGCUUCAUCUGUGAGGUCAUGAUGCCUCCGCUUUCCCCGGUCACGAGCGCUAUUGGAAAGGUCUAUUCAACAAAGCAGGUGGCAAAGUGCUCCGCAGCUUUCGAACUUUGUUUUCAGUUAAUUCAAAAGAAGUUUCUUGAUGAUCACCUGCGGUCCAAGUUUGUUGAGAAGCGACACGUUAUGGCCAACGCACGCCUGGCAGUGUCUUCCAAGAAUAAGGCCAAGUACGACAUGCGCUUGAAACCUCAAAUCUGGGCAGAACUUGGUGUCCCUGAGAAGCUGUAUGCCACAGUCUUGAUCUUAUCGAAACCGAGUGCUCUGGAGCGUCCCUCUCGACCAUUGUUUAUCCUCACACGGACACCGCUUCCUCAACUCAAGCCGUUUCUACUUUUCCUAGGACCAGUGGAGCAGGAAAUGACUUCGGAUCUUGUUUGCCAGGUUCUCAAUUGCCCGAUUACGCCUACGGAAGAGGACCUGCAGCUCUUGACAAAGUUUACCCUCAAGAUUUUUGUGGACAUUUUCAACAAGAAAUACGCGGCUAACGCACAAGCCCUGCCUUACUUCUUUGCACCUACUAACAAAGAUCACGUCUUCCUAUUUUCAAACCUUCAAGAUCCUCGGAAUGCUGUCGACUGGCCUCUGUUGCGCCAUGUUGCGGACAGAGAUGCCGAGGCCUACACUGGAGACGAACCAGAGGAGUUCUUCCAAGAUAAAUACAUUGUCGAUCCUCAUGAUGGUGCUCGCAGGUUCUGGCUACAGGGCAUUCGGAAAGAUUUGACGUGUACAAGUCCAGUCCCUGCUGACGUUGAACACCAACCCACCCAUCGACAGUGGAAGAGGCGCGAGGUUCCGCACGACAUACUCCACUGGAGCCUCACAGCCUGGAAGGCAACCCGAGAGGCUCACGAAAACAAGUGGAAGGAAAAUCAGCCAGUUGUCGUUGGGAAGUACGCGACCUUGCGGCGCAAUUUCCUCGCUGAUAUCAACGAGACGUCCAAGAACCCUUUCUGCUACUUCGUGCUGGAGCCCAUGCGAAUUUCACCUCUGCCUGUAGAUGUCGUGGCGAUGGCCUACCUCCUACCAUCAAUUAUCCACCGGAUCGAGCAGAACCUCAUUGCUCUCGAUGCCUGUAGACUUCUACAGCUCGACAUCCAUCCAGACCUGGCCCUUGAGGCACUCACCAAAGACAGCGAUAAUCAGGGCGAGGACGAGCGCAUGGACUCUAUACAAGCAUUCGAGCCCGUCAAUUUCCAACCUGGAAUGGGUGCCAACUACGAGCGAUUGGAACUUCUCGGUGAUUCUUUCCUGAAGAUGGCUACGACGAUUGCUGUUUUUACUCUCAUCCCCAACAAAGACGAGUUCGAUUAUCACUGCGAACGCAUGGUCAUGAUCUGCAACCAGAACUUGUUCGGAGUUGCGAAGAGUGACGACCUCAAGCUGCACGAAUACAUCAGGUCGAAGUCCUUUGAACGCGGCACCUGGUACCCGGUCCUUAAGCUGGAGUUUGGAAAGACGCACCUGAAGACGCUGAAACAGAUGGAUGAGCAUAGGCUGGCCGACAAGUCCAUUGCAGAUGUGUGUGAAGCUCUUAUCGGCGCGGCAUAUAUGACAACACGCAAGCAUGAUGACUACGACCUGGCGGUCCGGGCUGUCACUCGGCUCGUCAAUCAUAAACAGCACCCUAUGACGAAGUGGGAUGAUUACCAUGCUGCCUAUGUGAUGCCGGGCUGGCAAACUAUGCCGGCCAAUGCCGCUGAGCUGGACAUGGCUCAGAAGAUUCAUGAGGCUACGGGCUACCAGUUCAAACACCCCCGUGUCCUGCGGUCUGCCUUUCGUCAUCCAUCGCGUCCUUAUGUGUUUGACAAGGUGCCACACUACCAACGUUUGGAGUUUCUUGGCGAUGCGCUUUUCGACAUGGCCUGCGUCGAUUACCUCUUCCAUAUCGCACCUGAUGAGGGUCCCCAGUGGUUGACUGAGCACAAGAUGGCGAUGGUGUCCAACCAGUUCCUUGGCUGUCUUGCUGUCUCACUCGGAUUCCACAAGUUCAUCCUGCACCACCACGCAUCUAUUGGCUCUCAAAUUCAUGAGUACGUCACUGAGAUCACGGAGGCCCGCCGCGCUGCCGAGGACGCUGCAGAAGCCGCUGGCAAGCCUCGUUCUGCGUACUCGAGGGACUACUGGGUCGAGGCGCCCCAGCCGCCGAAAUGCAUACCCGACGUGCUAGAGGCCUACGUGGGAGCCAUCUUUGUGGAUUCCAAGUACGACUACUCCGUCGUCCAGCAGUUCUUUCACGCCCACGUGCUGCCCUUUUUCGCGUCCAUGCGCAUGUAUGACACUUUUGCCAACAAACACCCCGUCACAUUCUUUACGCAAUACGUAUUCGAGACCUUUGGCUGUCAUGCUUACGGUCUGCAUGCGGAGGAGAUGCCAGUCAAGGACGAUACCGGCCUAGUCACGGGGAAAACGCAGGUUGUGGCCGGCAUUUUGCUUCAUGGGCAGGUGGUCGAGGGUGCCGUCAGGGACAGUGGUCGGUACGCGAAGAUCGCGGCUGCGCGCAAGGCGCUGGACAAGUUGCGGAGCAUGACGAGACAGGAGUUCCUUGAUGCGUAUAAAUGCGACUGCAAGCCUGGAGAGGCGGCUGAGGAUAUCAGUGAAAGUGCCACAGCGAUCUGA